GCAAGAAUGCAAAAAGUCCUGUCCUGUCGUCAGGACGGGCAAGCUCUGCAUUGAAGUCGAGCCCACCUCCAAAAUCGCUUUCAUCUCCGAGCGCCUUUGUAUAGGUUGCGGUAUCUGCCCGAAGAAAUGUCACCCACAGAUACUCGGCGAACAGCUUCAAGCUGCACAGACUGCCCAUGCCGCGUCCGGGCCAGGUUCUGGGUCUGGUUGGUACGAACGGUAUCGGCAAGAGUACGGCGCUCAAGAUUCUCAGCGGCAAACUCAAGCCGAACUUGGGACGCUAUGACAACCCGCCAGACUGGGAGGAGAUCUUGAAGUACUUCCGCGGUUCUGAGCUUCAGAACUACUUCACCAAAGUUUUGGAGGAUGACUUGAAAGCGGUUAUCAAGCCUCAAUAUGUCGACCAGAUCCCUAAGGCUAUCAAGGCCGCCGACAAGAGGGUCGGUACGCUCAUUUCAGGCCGUGCGCAGAACGACAACCUCGACGAGAUCCUUGAUGAGUUGGAGCUGAGGCAGGUCUAUGAUCGCGAGGUUCAGCUUCUCUCCGGUGGUGAGAUGCAGCGUUUCGCCAUCGGUUCCGUUUGCGUCCAGAAGGCGGACGUGUACAUGUUCGAUGAACCCUCUUCUUUCCUCGAUGUCAAGCAACGUCUGCAGGCCGGUAAGAUGAUCCGGAACCUCCUGCGCCCUGAUGACUACGUCAUUGUUGUCGAGCACGAUUUGUCUGUCCUCGACUACCUGUCCGACUUCAUUUGUCUUUUGUACGGCAAGCCCGCGGUCUACGGUGUUGUUACCCUCCCGUCCUCAGUUAGGGAAGGUAUCAACAUCUUCCUUGACGGUCACAUUCCCUCGGAAAACCUUCGUUUCCGUGAAGAGUCCCUUCAGUUCCGUAUCGGCGAUGCCAGCGACGAUCUUACCAACGACAAGACCCGCGCCUACAGCUACCCUGCUAUGGAGAAGACAAUGGGCAACUUCCACCUGGCGAUCGAAUCCGGCAAGUUCACCGACUCUGAGAUCAUCGUCAUGAUGGGUGAGAACGGUACCGGCAAGACGACGUUCUGUAAGAUGCUGGCAGGUGCUCUGAAGCCCGACAGUGGCAAGAGUGUCCCUCAGAUGAACAUCUCUAUGAAGCCCCAGACGAUCACUCCCAAGUUCCAGGGUACUGUCCGCCAGCUCUUCUUCAAGAAGAUCAAGGCUGCUUUCCUCAACCCGCAGUUCCAGACCGAUGUCUACAAGCCGCUCAAGAUGGAUGACUUCAUCGACCAGGAAGUCCAGAACCUGUCUGGUGGUGAAUUGCAGCGUGUCGCCAUUUGCUUGGCUCUUGGUAUCCCUGCCGACAUCUAUCUCAUCGACGAGCCUAGCGCUUACCUCGACUCCGAGCAACGUAUUGUGGCAUCUCGCGUCAUUAAGCGUUUCAUCAUGCACUCGAAGAAGACUGCUUUCAUCGUCGAGCACGAUUUCAUCAUGGCCACCUACCUUGCUGACCGUGUCAUUGUCUUUGGCGGUCAACCGUCCAAAGACGCGCUCGCGGAGACUCCCGAGUCGCUGCUGACGGGCUGCAACAAGUUCCUGAAGAGUCUGGAUGUCACCUUCCGUCGCGAUCCUAACUCGUACCGCCCGCGUAUCAACAAGUACAACUCCCAGAUGGACCAGGAGCAGAAGUUGGCUGGCAACUACUUCUUCUUGGAAGAAGAAUCUUGAAAGGGCGUUCCAAAACAGGAAUAUCCGCCUCGUCAUGAUAUCCCUUCGGUUUCUGGCGUUCUAGGGGCAUCGGCAGCAAAAAAGGCGAGCAUGAAGCGGAGUAAGGGUGGGCGUGGACUUUUGGCAGAGGAGGAAUCUGUCAACGAUGACGAUGAUGAGGACGGCAUCCACCGGCCGCAGU